ACAAGUGCAGAGAAUGCGUGUCCGUGUAUAAUUCACCGUUUUCUCAAUUGCAUAAAUUUGGCGGUAUUUCCAGUCCCAUGGCUCUGGAAUUCCUUCCUACUAUACACGUUUGAUUGCCCGUUUGAUCAUGGAGGAAACCUCUCCUUUCCCCGGAAUAGAUGUUUCGUGGCCCGCCGGUACGCAAAUCCUCCAUCCGGGUUCGGACGAGUUCACCGAUGCGACAUGGCGAUGGUCUAUUUAUAAGCCUCCAAGGUUUAACGCAGCAGUCAUCCCAGAGAGUGAAGAGGAUGUAGCGAAAAUCGUCAAAGCCGCACGAGCCGCCGAUAUUCCAUUCCUAGCUAUGGGAGGCCGUCAUGGCUACGGUAUAACGCUAGGAGAAUUUGAUGGUGGCUUGGCUAUUGACCUUAGUCAGAUGAACACAUUCAGCGUUGACAAGGCCAACGGUACUCUAACCAUUGGACCAGGAGUCAAGCUUAGAGACAUUACCGGUCCGAUAGAGAAGGCUGGGUAUGCACUUCCUGUUGGUAGUUGUCUCACUGUUGGUGUUAUUGGCGUGACCAUAGGGGCUGGUCUCUCACCAUUCCAAGGGCUUUUCGGUUUGAUGAUCGAUUGUCUCCGAUCCGUGCGCCUCAUUACCGCAAAUGGGGAUCUCGUAGAAGCAUCCGAUCAUGUUAAUUCGGAUUUGUUUUGGGGUAUCCGCGGCGCUGGAGCGAAUUUUGGCAUUAUUACAUCAGCUACCUAUCAACUCCAUAAGGCUGUUAACAACGCGCAGUGUUUUACUAUCAACGCUACAUACCCAGCAGACCUAAAGGAUGCAUAUCUUGAUGUUCUUCAAACACUUGAAGACAGAAUACCUCCUAAAUUAGCAAUAAUUACUCUCUAUAAUUGGGAUGUGGAUUCGGAUGCUACACAGAUCCUAGCUACAUUCAUCUAUUGUGGCCCUGGAUCAGAAGCUUUCCAGAUUAUCGCACCCUUUUUAGAUCUUAAACCACCGAAUCUACGUAUGAGUAGUGUCCUUUAUAGCCAGGUGCAACACACGAUACCGAUUGGGGCCGAAACUCCUCCCGGACGUAUUUACGAUCUGUCAUCGGCCAACAUUCGUAGGUUUGCGGUUGACACGUGGAAGUCAACUUUCAAUAAAUUCGAUGCCUUUUGUAAGGCAAAUCCUGAUGCUCGGGCUAGUAGUAUUACACUCCAAACUUACUCUAAUGAAGCUGUGGUUGCCGUGCCUAACGACGAUACGGCCUAUCCAUGGCGGGACGCCAAAGGCGACUUCAUUUUCUUUAUGGCCUGGACUGAGCCAGGAAAUCCGGUAGAGGAGUCAGCGAAUGCUUUGGCUCGUGAGCUACGUCUGGACAUUGUUGCUACGUCGGGAUAUCCUGAUCUAUCAGUAUACGUAAACUAUGCCUAUGGCGAUGAGACACUUGAGCAGAUAUAUGGGAAAGACAAGCUUCCUAGGCUCGCGAAGUUGAAGAAGGAAUGGGACCCAGACAGUGUAUUCAAGUACCACCAUGUCUUGCCAACAGAAUAUCCAUGAAUCAAGUGUCACGGUGCGGACCAAAUAGAGGUCAGGCAUUCAAUAGCUACUUACCUAGUGCUUAGUAGGUACUUAGCUUCCAC